UUUUUCUCCUACAACUAUUGACUUUCCUGCAACUGCUAGGUAAGACUUUCAAAAUCGAUUGCUCAUGGGGAAUACUUAUAAACAAUAUAGAUAUUUACAUGACGAAAAUUAGAUGUAAGCCUUUUUAUAUGGUUUAAAAGAACCAGGUAUGAUUGGGAAGAAAUUUGAAAUUGUCAAAGAAGAAGAGAAAGAACAAGAAGAAAGAGGAGGAAGAGCUAAGAGAGUAGUUUUCCUGGGUUCUAAUCAAUGUUUAGCUUGUCAUACAACAGAUACAUGAAAACAAUUGAUGGAUCUCUAGAAUAGCCAAAGGGUACAUGAGAAAGAAUACAGUUUUAUCUAUUGGGACUUCAAAACAAAGGAGUUUUCAAGUUUUGCAGCAGUUGUGUAAGAAUCGCCCACCAAUGAAACUGUGAUAGAACUUGUCAUCUCUUUGACAUUUGGGUUUCUGUGACAAAUGGAUCAAAGAAUCAAGGCGUUCCUGCUCGUUGUUCUCUUUCAAGUUUCAUCUGCAGCUGCACAGACAGAUCCUCAAGAUGCUGCUGCUCUGAAUUCAUUCAAGAGACUAUGGAAAAAUACACCACCCAAUUGGAAUAAUCCAGAUCCCUGCAAUGGCAAUUGGGUAGGAAUUACCUGUAAUAGCAAUUUCCGUGUAAUCUCCAUAACAUUGUCAAGCAUGGGAUUGGAGGGCCAGCUGUCUGGGGAUAUUGGGUCCCUAUCUGAGCUACAAACUUUAGAUCUAUCUUACAACAAAGGUCUGACUGGUUCUCUCCCGGAAGCAAUUGGGAGCUUGAUGAAGCUUUCGAACCUGAUCCUCCUUGGGUGCAGUUUCUCUGGGCCGAUUCCAGAUGCAAUAGGAUCUCUGAAGCAACUGGUUUUUUUAUCUCUAAAUUCUAAUAGCUUCAGUGGUGAAAUACCACCUUCCAUUGGUAAUCUAUCUAAACUUUAUUGGUUGGAUCUAGCUGACAACAAGCUUACAGGAACGAUUCCUGUAUCUAGUGGGGGCACGCCUGGCCUAGACAUGCUAAUCCAUACCAAACACUUUCAUUUUGGCAAAAAUCAACUCAAAGGCACCAUCCCGUCUCGACUUUUCAACCCAAACAUGGUUCUUAUACAUGUACUACUUGAUGGUAACCAACUCACUGGGAGCAUCCCUUCCACACUAGGACUUGUCAAGACUCUGGAGGUUGUGCGCCUUGACAGGAAUUCAUUAACUGGAACCAUCCCCUCAAACCUCAAUAACCUUACUAAUGUCCAAGAGCUGCACUUGUCCAACAAUCAACUGACAGGUCCUAUGCCUAACCUUACAGGCAUGAAUGUUCUCAACUAUUUGGACUUGAGCAAUAAUAGUUUUGAUCCAUCAGAUAUUCCUCAAUGGUUUUCAACCUUACAAGGCUUGACCACGUUAGCAAUGGAAGGAACACAUCUUCAAGGAGAAAUAACAUCAGCUGUGUUCAGCAUUCCUCAGCUGCAGAGUGUGAAUUUAAAGAACAAUCAGAUAAAUGGUACAUUAGAUAUUGGCGCUAAGUACAGUGGUCAACUGCAGCUAAUUGAUUUACAGAACAAUCUCAUUAGUAAUGUUUUGGAAGGAAGAGGAUAUAGUAAUUCCUUAUUCCUACAGGGUAAUCCUUUUUGUGAUUCAUCAACCGGACCAUCAACCAACUACUGCACACUUUCACAGCAAUCUAUUCCUACAUAUUCUACAAGACCAAAAAAUUGUCUACCCCCUUCCUGUCCUUCAGGUCAAAUGUCCAAUCCCAACUGUAAAUGUGCAUUCCCCUACAACGGCACCUUAUAUUUCAGAGCUCCCUCUUUCUCUGAUUUGAGUAAUGAAUCCCUCUAUAUAUCUCUAGAAAGUUCACUUAUGAAUUCAUUUAAAACGGCUCAACUUCCAGUUGAUUCAGUUUCCCUGAGUAAUCCUAGAAAGGAUUCAGAUAACUACUUCGACUUGGAUCUCGAAGUCUUUCCUUCUGGAACAGAACGAUUCAAUGAAUUGGGGAUUUUGAAUAUUGGAUUUGUGCUCAGCAACCAAACAUUUAAGCCCCCAAAGGGUUUUGGGCCAUUCUUUUUCAUUGGAUCACCUUAUGGUGCCUUUGCAGACUUAUCCUCAAGAUCAAAUAAUUCUGUAAGCAUUGGAGUUAUAAUUGGAGCAGCAAUUGGUGGUUUUCUACUUGUAUCCGCACUACUCUGUGCUGGAUAUUAUGCCAUCCGCCAAAAGAGAAGAGCGGACAGUGUUGAACAAAACAAGCCUUUCUCUUCUUGGGACCCCAACAGUAGUGGCAGCACACCUCAAUUAAAAGGAGCAAGAUGGUUCACAUUUGAUGAGCUUAAGAAAUGCACAAACAGUUUCUCAGAAGCCAAUGCUAUUGGAUCAGGGGGUUAUGGGAAGGUUUAUAGAGGAACACUUUCCACAGGUCAAUUGGUUGCCAUUAAAAGAGCUCAACGAGGAUCAAUGCAGGGUAACAUUGAGUUCAAAACUGAGAUAGAGUUGUUAUCUCGGGUUCAUCAUAAGAACCUUGUCAGUCUUGUGGGAUUUUGUUUCGAGAGAGAUGAACAAAUGUUGGUCUAUGAAUAUGUUCCAAAUGGUACCCUAAAGGAAAGCCUUUCAGGGAAGUCAGGAAUCCGGUUGGAUUGGACAAGGAGACUUAGAGUAGCCCUGGGUUCAGCCAGAGGGUUAGCUUAUCUGCAUGAACAUGCCAACCCUCCCAUAAUACAUAGAGAUAUUAAGUCAACCAACAUUCUCUUGGAUGACCGCUUGAAUGCAAAAGUUUCUGAUUUUGGUCUAUCCAAGCUUAUGGGUGACAAUGAAAAGGAUCACGUCACCACUCAAGUCAAGGGGACAAUGGGCUAUCUGGAUCCUGAAUAUUAUAUGUCCCAGCAGUUGACUGAGAAGAGUGAUGUAUACAGCUUUGGAGUGGUAAUGUUAGAGUUGAUAACUGCAAGGAAACCAAUAGAACGAGGGAAGUACAUUGUCAGAGAGGUGAAAAUGGCUAUUGAUAAAACAAAGGAUCUAUACGGCCUUCAUGAGUUUCUUGACCCAGCCAUUGGGUUAGGCACCACCCUCAAAGGAUUUGAAAAAUUUGUGGAUCUGGCAAUGAGCUGCGUGGAAGAAUCAGGAGCUGACCGCCCAAUGAUGAGUGAAGUGGUGAAAGAGAUUGAGAACAUCAUGCAGUUGGCUGGUCUAAAUCCAAAUGCUGAUUCUGCUUCUACUUCGGCAAGUUAUGGAGGAACAGGUGGAGGGCACCCCCGACAUCCUUAUAACGAUGACUUGUUUGAUUAUAGUGGUGGUUACCCAGCUUACAAGGUGGAACCACAUUGAGUAGAAUGUGUUUGUCUAGCUGGAUAUUGAAGAAGUCGGUUCCUUCAACUCUCUAAAUUACUUUGGAGACUAUCUGGAUCUUAAUAGUCAGUCCUUAUUGGGAAGGACAAUCACAAUAUUUAAGUCCCUGUUAUGAAGGAGAAUCAACAAAUCUGGAUUAGAAAGGGAACAUGGGUUGAAUUUGCUUAUUAUUUUUGAUAUUGAUAUUAGAAUAAGGUUUAGAUCAAAUUCAUUUUUUGUUUCAGAACACCCAUAGGAGUACAAUUGUUGAUAUUUUUUAAACUCAUGAAAAGAAUCAAUGCUUUGUUUGUAUUAGGAAGAGGAUUCCCCAAUAACAAAUGCAUGGGAGUGCAAAUUGGGAGGGUCAUGUUUUUAUAGCCUUUGACAGAUGGGCACUAUGUUGUGCAGAAAGAAAGUUAAAACUGAUGAAUUGAAACUGAAAACAGGGGAACUCAAAGGUGUUAAGGAUC